UGGGCUUCCCCCACGCCGCCCCCGCCCCCGCCCCCGCCGCCUUUCCGUCUUACAGGAUCCUCUCCAUCUAUCUGGAUUUUACCGGCUGUUCGCGAAACAGCUUUACACACAAUGGAUCUCCACGUCCUUUUGCAGGAAGUGCUCACGGACUGAUGUGGCAGACUUUGCUCCCAGGCAAAAGCAUCUUCGAAUGCGCCCUGGAGAGUGAGUUUCGGCGUGACCGUGGGAUUCUCGCAAUGUAAAUUAUUUACGUCAAACUGAAAAGAAAAAAUCGCGGGAAGGGGCUCGGGCAGCUAAAGAACCCUUCUAUUCAUGGAGGUGAAUGCUACAGAAGCUUUCCACAUGAACCCUGAAGGCAUCUGAGUGCUCCUGUGUGCUCAGAAGACUUCUGUGAAGCAGGAAAGCCCUCUUCUGAACUGCAGAGGAUAUUAAAGUGAACGUUAUCUGCUGUUCCUCUCAUCCUGGUUCCGCGUGCCCACUUGGGCUCCAUGUGUCUGGUACAUGCACAGAGCUUUCAAGAAGAGGCUGGGAUUAUAAUGGGGCCUUUUAGGCAAUCGAGGACAUUCAGAAAUGCAUGCCAGAAAUCCAGUGAACGUCUGAUACAUUUCCUGUAGAAAGAGAAAGGAACCAAAAUGAAGGAAAGUGUGGCAUCCACAGUUGUUUUCAUUUUGCUACUUUUUCUCAACACCAGUCUCCUGAAUGGACAAUCACCUCCUGGAAAACCUGAGAUCUUGAAAUGUCGUUCUCCUGAAAAGGAAACAUUCACCUGCUGGUGGAAACCUGGGGAAGACGGAGGACUUCCUACUAAUUACACGCUGAUGUACCACAAGGAAGGAGAGACAAUCACACACGAAUGUCCAGACUACAUAACCAGUGGCCCCAAUUCCUGUUACUUCAACAAGAAGCACACCUCCAUAUGGACAAUGUACAUCAUCACGAUAAAUGCCACAAACCAGAUGGGAAGCAGUUCCUCGGACCCACGUUAUGUGGACGUGACUUACAUAGUUGAACCAGACCCUCCUGUGAACCUAACUGUGGAAUUAAAACAGCCAGAAGACAAAAAACCAUAUCUGUGGAUGAAAUGGUACCCACCUACCCUGGUUGACGUUAGAUCUGGUUGGCUCACACUCCAGUAUGAAAUUCGGUUAAAACCCAAGAAAGCAACUGAGUGGGAGACUCAUUUUGCUGGGCAGCAGACUCAGUUUAAGAUUCUCAGCUUAUAUCCAGGACAGAAAUACCUUGUCCAGGUUCGCUGCAAGCCAGACCAUGGAUUCUGGAGUGAGUGGAGCCCAGAGAGCUCCAUCCAGAUACCUAAUGAUGUCACCAUGAAAGAUACCAUCGUGUGGAUCUUUGUGGCCGUUCUUUCUGCUGUCAUCUGUCUGAUUAUGGUCACAGCUGUGGCUUUGAAAGGCCAUAGCAUGGUGACCUGCAUCCUUCCACCAGUUCCUGGGCCAAAAAUAAAAGGAUUUGAUGCUCAUCUGCUGGAGAAGGGCAAGUCUGAGGAACUGCUGAGCGCCCUGGGGUGCCAAGACUUCCCUCCCACUUCUGACUGUGAGGACUUGCUGGUCGAGUUUUUAGAAGUGGAUGACAGCGAGGACCAGCAGCUGAUGCCAGCGCAUUCAAAAGAACACCCGGGUCAAGACGUGAAGCCCACACCCCUGGAUCCAGACAGUGACUCUGGCCGGGGCAGCUGCGACAGCCCUUCCCUUUUGUCUAAAAAGUGUGAGGAAGCCCGGGCAAACCCCUCCAUGUGUAACACUCCUGAGGGCAUUGAGAAGCCAGAGAAUCCCCACACAAAGGUUACCCGCACUCAGGACGCCCAGAGCACACGCUUGGAAGGCAAGAUCCCCUAUUUCCCUGCCGACGGAUCCAAAUCCUCAACAUGGCCUUUACCACAGCCCCCCAGCCAGCACAGCCCCAGAUCUUCUUACCACAGCAUUGCUGAUGUGUGUAAGCUGGCUGUGGGCACGGCGGGGGCAUCGGCCACUUUGUUGGGCAAAACAGACACACACGCUUUAAGAUCUUCAAAAACCACCGAGACUGAAGGGGAGGAAAAGGCAGCUGAGCGGAGAGAAGUAGAAAGCUUCUAUUCCAAGACUGACCAAGGCACAGCAUGGCUGUUACCCCUGGAGAAAACGCCUUUUAUCUCUGUGAAACCCUUGGAUUACGUGGAGAUUCACAAGGUUAACAAAGAUGGAGCACUGUCAUUGCUCCCAAAACACAAAGAGAACAGCAACCAGACAGAGAAGCCCAGUACUCCUGAAGCCAGUAAAGAGUAUGCUAAGGUGUCCAGGGUGAUGGAUAACAACAUCCUGGUGUUAGUGCAGGAUCCGCGAGCUCAGAACCUGGCUGCGUUUGAAGAACCAGCCAAGGAGGCUCCGCCAUCUCUUCAAGAGAAUCCAGCCGAAGAAGACCUGGCCUCCUUCACCUCGUCCCCAAGCAGCUGCGGACUCCAGCUGGGUGGGUUGGAUUACCUGGAUCCCACGUGUUUUAUGCACUCCUUUCAGUGAUAGCUUGAUUAACGGAAUGAUUGGUUAAAAUGUGAUUUCUUUUCAGGUAACACUACAGAGUACAGGAAAUGCACCCUACUAGAGAAUGCUCGAGAAUGUGGGUUAGAAUGACACUAUACAGCCCAUAGUUCGCUCCUCAUGCUCCAUUUUCAACCAGCUGCCUCUUUCUCCAGCAGUUGAUUCCAGAACAAAUUGUUUUGUUUCCUGUGAUUUGUAGAUUGACUUUUUUUGCUCUUAGUUAUAAAAUUAUGUGUUCAAUGAAAGAAAAGCACAUCCUUUAGUAUUUUUGAGGGACAGUGCCAAUAGGUCUAUCCUCUGGAAGGGGCUUUCAUGGUCUGGUAUGUGACCAAACGAAAUGAAAUACCCACAGCUGUUUACCACAGGAAGAUGAUAGAUGUGAGAAAAAUGCCAUGAAAACCGCUUUCAAAAACCAACAAACCUUUGCACCCCUCUUUCAUUUUAUUUAGAUUAACCAAAUACGACCCAUUUGAAGAAAGAAUGCAUUCCAGAACACCAGAUACAUUGUUUAUAUCAGUUCCUCUCACCUUAGUGAUACAUUGCCAAUAUGCAAGCCAAAAUGAUGCCUCCAAUUUUUUCUUAAAAUGGUUUGAAUUUGUUAAGCAUGGAUUUUUUUUCUCCCCCUAAAUUGUAUUUUAUUCUGAAGCCUCUAGAGAAAAUAGUUUUGGAAAGCGAAAUUUUCUAACAUGACAGGUAAAUGAGUUUCAUGUGGUAAAUUCUUCUACAAUGUUUUCCUGUUUCAUUUCAGCAUAAGAGAUAAUUUAUUAUACACCCUAGUCUUCGGUUAGGUUAAAAAAAAAAAUCCCCAAAGAGUAAUUUUAAAAGAUAAUCACAGCAGGAUGCUAAUGGAAAUACUGCCUUACUGUACAUACAAAUUCUACUUUAAUAUAAACCCGUAAGUUUCACAAUGUAUUUUUGAAGACUAUUUUUCUAUCACUUAGGUAAAAUAAAAGACUAUUUUCUAUCUUCCCAGUACAGCUGUUUACGUAUUUAGUGGGUACGGUGUGUUCUGCUAUGAGGUUAUGAGUAUUUGCAGUACAUAGUAGUAUAUGCAGUCCCUGUUUGUGGAGGAAGAUGCCAUAGCAACCCAAAGCCCAUUGAGGAAUAUGAAGUGGAUGAUUAUAUUCAAUUUCCAGCACAGCGUUGUAUAGUUUAUCUGAUUCUUUUUAUCUCUGUGAUACUUUCAACAGUCGCCAGCCAAGAGGUUUAGGGCUUUCCACAGACCAGAAACUACCUGUGUAAUUUAGGGCUACUCUGGGGCUUCUGCUCUUCUCCGGGUGAAUAUUCAUAAAACCACCCUGAAAAGGUGAGUGAUAACAUCUCACAUACUAUUUUAGAGAGAGGGUUUUGUUUGGUUUGGGUGUUCUGAGAAAUCCUGGGCAGCCAAGAAAAUGUAAGCAAAGCCAGGAGUUAGUAUCUCUCUGAAGUAGAUCCAUUUGCGAAAUCCUGACAGAGGCAGAUACAGCAGUCCCAGCGGAAGCGUUCAAAUAGAAGUUCUAAGGAAGCAGGCAUCUGGGCAGUGGUGGCAACAGCUACAGCGGCCAGGGUCUGGUAGCAACAGUCUCCAAGUCUGUUCCAAGGGCAGCCUUCCCAAGAGCGGCCAUAAGCCUGGCUCUCCAUUUUAAAGAGAACGUUCAUGACUCAACCUGCCUCCCUCUGUUUUUCAUUUCAUCUGAUGGCAAAGCCAUUCUCUGUGUUUACUCACUAGCUGGACGUAGUGAAUUUGCACUCACCCCUGGGAGUUAAAUAUGCCAGCCCAGCAAGCCCAUGCUGACAGGAACUGGGCUCCGCGGUGGCCCUGAUGUUUGCAAGUGAACUCAUCGCUAGGGCUUCCAGGGUUGCCAAAGUAAAUUGAUCUGAGUUCUCGUCUCCCAAUAUAGACCAGCACUAAGGGUGAAGGGAACAUUUGGGAAAGUUGUCCAAGUUCAUCCAGUGCCCUAGGUCCUUGCUACUCAAAGUAGGCCCUGAGGACCAGCUGUCUCAGCAUCGCCUGGCACUGCUUGGAAAUGCAGACUCUCAGCUCCCCUGCCCCAGACCUACAGAAUCCAAAUCUGCAUCGUACUAAGAUCCUCAGAUGACUCGUGUACACAGGGAAGUUUGAGAAGCACUGUCCUGGUUGACCAUUUCCACUAAAGGUACGUUAGUGCCUAGAAACAAUCCUCUCUCGGAAAUACAAGUCAGGUCUCACUUGCCCUCAAUGACACUCUACGUAAGGAGAAGGCAUACUUUUUUAAAAAUCCAUUUAGGGUUUAAAUUUACAGAAUGAUAGACAAUGACUUGGCAAAAGUACACACAGCUCCAAGAGGGCCAGGGGAUAUACUCCACCUGGGAUUGACUCUGCCCUUCCACGCCAGUCCAGACCAAACUUUUCCCAAAAUAGUCCGUUCUCCUCCAAAAUGUAUCUCAAUCACUCUGAUAAUUUGAAAAUUCAAAAAUAACCUGUUUUGACAUAUGACUUGGCAUGUGUGGGGGGAAAAAAAUGUCCUGGUUAAAGACUCACCUUGAAGUAAAUCCCCAAAAUACCCCAAUUAGCCACUCAUUAAGUAAGCCAAGUUUACAAUUCUAUGGUCAAUUAACAGUCUUUAUUUGAAUUAAGUAGGUUUGUUUUUUGUUUUUUGUUUUUUCAUCUUGUGGCAUAUUUCCUAUCAAGGAGCCAGCUAGUGCAGUGGAAGGAUGCAGACUGAGGGUCAAGAGACCCGGGUUCUAGUCCUCGCUCUGUUGCCUUAGAGCAAUUGCCUUUCCUGGGCCUCAGUUUCCUCUGAAGGAAAUGUCAGGCCUAUCAUCUCUAAUAUCCUUUCAAACUCUGGCUCCUUGAUUUCAUGACUCACUAAAUACUUUCCAGCAAAGAUAAUUUACCCAGUGUUUUGAUCGUAAGGAAGCUAAUAAAUAAUUGCCCUUCAUCAGAGACACACAAGUACUCUCCAGUGAUGUGCUUUUUUGAUUUCACUUUUAAAUCAUCAGUUCUAGUUGGUCUUAACAUAUGACAUGUGCAUGUUAUAAAUUACAUAGGUACGGGAUCAGAGUCCAAGAUAGCAUGCAACUAUGUGUGUAGAGAGGAGGCACGAGAUUUUUUUUUUAAGACCUACUGAAUGAGGCUCUGAUUUUUAGAAAUAAUGAUCUUUUACUGAAUCAAGCCAUGCUUAUUUUUUGCUGAGUCCAACAGCCCCAAAUCGCUUUUCUUCUAUCUGACUGCGGCUUCUGGUUUUUAUUUCUUUCUGAUGAAUUAUAAACCACUAUUGCAUGGUUGGUUUAAAGAGCCAUAUGCUCUGAAUUAUAAAAAGUCAUGUUCUUAUAAACAAACACCUAAAUAUUCAAGUUACAAAGCACAUGGAGAUGGGCUAGCCAAUGGGUGAUUUAUGGAAGAUUCUAACCCCAACUGCAAAAUGUUCUCUGGUCAGUUGGUAACGAACGGGUUUAAGGCACCUCAACACGAGCACAAGUUAUUAUCAGCUGCGUCCCUGACAUUUAACAGAAUGUCCAUUCUCCCAAGUGCCUAAGACCAAUCCUGGUAGGCAGGUAUGUACCAAAACCUUGCUUUCGCUGGUUUGGUCCAACGUGAGUUAAUCCCUUACCACGUGUACGAGAUCAAGGAGUUUGACCCCUUGUCCUGUAGUGCCCAACUGAAUCGGAGCAUCCUAUGAGUUCAUGAGCUCCAGGAUGCGGUUUGGCUGUGGAGGAAAUCUGGCUCUUUGCUCGAGAUUCUCCACAGCUGCAGUCACUUGCAGAAAGACUUGGCCCUGCCUUUAGUAUCUUCUCUAUCUCCUUAGUGUAGACAAGAAAGAAACAGAUUUGUACAUAGUUUACAAAGUGCCUUUCUUUACUUUUAUAAAAAAAAAGUUUUGUUUUUGCAAGAAAAGUGUAUCAAUUGGAACGUAAAUUUUACUUGUUUUAUGUAAAUGAAUGGAGAAACCAGAAAGGGAAUGACAAAAUGGUCCGAGGUCCAACGAGCAACUGUUCGGUGGAUUUUUCUAUUUAUUGCUUAACUGAAUUACCAUAGAGCUGAUGUGAAUAGUGUAACUUAUUUUGUCUGAUGAAAAAUUGACUCUGGCUGGGACUUGGGGAUAUGCUGGCCCCCUUGUGAUUUGAGACUCCUCCAUUUAAAAACAUAUUAGUAUGCUUUUGGAUGGCUUCAAAUUGCAUGCCUGGGCCUGAAAAGGACAAUGCAUGCAUGGUGGAAGCUUGCACACAUACAGAAAAAUGCAAAUGACUCUGGAUUACCAUCCUCAGUGUUGCUAACGUAGAUUUGCCAUUGAUGAAAGCCCCGUGUGUACUUCAGUGAACCAAUUUCUUAUUCUGCCUUUUUGGCUCAAGCACAAUAGUAAAAUUCAAGGUUUCAAAGGCCCAGGUGCAAUGCAGGAAAGUAUUGCUGACAUGCCCUUAACCUGAAUUGUGCGGUGUCACAAAGCUUAAGAGAACUAUAGACAUCUGUUGGUCCAAGCCAGGUUGAUUUGCUUUUACAUCCUGGCUUCUUUUUUUCUUAGCUAUCCAUACUUGUAGGCCUUUUGUUCUUCUGCUCUAGGGCCUGUAUUUUUCCUGAGCGUUAAUUAUGUACACUAGCAACCAUAGGAUCCGCAAGAAACUAAGUUACUCGUGAACAAUGACCUUGGCCCCGCAAAGGACUAAGUCAGAUGUUAAAUCAGCCACACAGCACAUUGCACGUUGAGGGUCAUUAGUCACCUCGUUUAGAGAUUUGCAUAGUUAGAAAUUGCAGCUCAAUUCAUUAACUUCUGCAUUAAUUCAAAGGCCAUUAAUAGACCCAAGGUACAUCCAUGACUCAGUUCUGGAGGUCUUAAGCAGAAAUUUAAAAAUACAAAAUGAUUGCUUGAGAACCCAUGUUGUAACCAGAAGUUCUAUUUAUAAUUAUGGCCUAGACUUAUUCCAUGAUUACCAGAUAUAAUCUCGAAAUCAAAUAGUUCUCUCCCUAGGCUUGUGUAUUUCAGUAAGGUGAUUUAGGGUCUGAGAUCAUCAUGGUCUAUUUCAAGAAAGGAAAAAAAGAGAUAGGAAAUAGGACAUUUCCAGAGGUUUGGGCAUCUCAGGAUUCCACAAAAUGUCAACGGUAGCCUGCUAAGCCCAAAUUUUAUUGGACAAAGUGAAAUCUGUAAUCUAUUCAGUGUUCUGAGUUUAUGGCUAAGAGAUGUACGUAACUCACAAACACCAUACGCCGGUCAUUGUCUUAUCCACGUCCGUUCCUUUGAUCUCUGCUCUGAUCUCAAGUCAAAAAGCACUGAGACGUGUAAAGUGAAAAAACAUAUCCUGUUUGUGUGACUGUGGUCAAUGACUACAGAGACCCUCAGACAAUGGUAUUCUAUUAAUUAACUUUUUACCUGCUCCUGAUUAAAUAAAAAACAAUGAACCCUAAAAACCUUUGGCUAGGGAAGUCGUAACAUCAAAAAUAACCUUGAAUAAUUAUGUUUAAAUUACGCUUCACCUGGAUAAACUUCAAAAUGCAGUCUGAGUUUUUCCAUGCAAAUUUCACAAAUUCUGAAGAAAAUAAAUCUCGUUAUUAUCGUGUCUCAUGCUUUGACUGGUUUUCAGUGGCAUAGUUGAUGUACUGGCCAUGUGACACUCCUGACUUUAAGAUAACUGUUCUAUUAUUUUAUAUUAUAUUGCUUUCUGUGGUUCAAAACUGUUUGAUGCAUUGAAAUAUAUAGUUCUUGUAUCGUGAAACUCAUCAUGUAAUACAAAUGAAAAUAAUUACGUAAUGAUUUAUAAUCUAUCCUUGGGUAUUUUAGUAUGAUUGUGUCUAUGUCUGUAAAACAAAACUGAAAAAAAUGGAAUCAUUUAUUUCUGUCGAGACUGCGAAUGUACAAAUUUUUCUUAUCCUUUGUCUGGUAGUAGUAUCAUAUGCCAUUGUACAGCUGAUCUGGGGUGUUAAGUGUUUAGAGUACAAUCCAACCACUGUUUAAAAGUCAACCCCUCAGCUUUGCUUCAUGUGACUUCUGAGAACAUCUUGAGUGUUAUUUGCAUCAUGAGGCUUGCUUUUGUGCUCGAUCAUUCAUUCUAAACAAUUUCAUAAGAGUCUCAUGUGGAAACCAAAGCAAUCUAGAACCAGCCUGUUGUGUGUUGUGUAAAGCCAUUUUGAAGCAAAGACUAUGUAAUAGCAAAAGGUUCCAUAUUUUCAGAGCUCUCACUACCUCUGCUUUUUCUCUUUCCCUAGAAAAUACCAAGCAAAAUUCUUUAACAUGAAGUGGGAAAUUAGAAGUGAUUGUUACAGUAAGUUGCUGGGGAUUGGUUUUGGUUUGGUUUUGUGUUUUUCUUUUUUUUUAACAUGAGACUACACCUUCUAAUUCACCACUUUGUAGUUUUUUGCUAGGUUUUCUCAAUAACCAUUUUUACAUUUUAUAAAAACUGGAUGACAAAUAAAGGCCAGAAAGAAUAGUUAGUAAAUCACCAGAUGAAAGACCAACAAAACCAUAGAGUGCAGAUUUUUUCCAAAUGAUGAGUCACCUCAAGGUGGUUACCCAAAGCCAUGAUAAUGAUAUUUCUCACAAUCUGAUUUCCCUAACACCCCUAGAAAUAAAUAUUUUCUUUAUUUGAUUUUAGCCAUCAAAUAUAUUGUGGUAUGGGAAAAGUCAGCCAUAUGUCAGAAAUAGUCUUGUUUCAAUUUAAAAAACACGUAUUUACAUGUAGUUAUUGUAAUGCCUACUUUUUUUUCUUUUUAGCUUUAAGGAAUUUUGGAGGACUAUAGUUGUCUGAUUUAUCUUGCAUUUUUAAUUCUGUAAGUCUUUGGUUAUUGCCCAUUGUACUUUCUAUUUUCCAUGGAUUUAAUUAUUUGCCUCCUUCCAUUUUGAGGGAACAACACAGACCAUUAAAUCCUUGUCAGUAGUAUGGGAGAUUAUGCUAACUGCUCUUGUCAUAACAUCCUCACUUUUACUGCACACCAAAAACAAUGCUUGCCAAACAAAAUCUUAGACAUCCCAGUAUAAUAUGGUCAUUAUGUUUCUAUUCAUGUUAUUGACAAUACCCAGUUCAGUGCCUGGCUCAAUAAAUGUUUAUUUCCCUUGCCUACC